AUGUUAAAAACAGCUGGGAUGCAGUAUAAAUUGAACAAGCGAAACAACACUGAACGACGAGUACGAAGCUUAUCUUGGAAAUGGGACAUACAGUUAAAUCACUUCCUCUUUACCAAUAACAACAACUGCAGCGGUGUGCCAGGUUCUUUUAUGCUUCAAAUAUUCUUUUUAUUGUCUCGUCUCAUUUCACCAGGUUCAGUCUCUAACAAACAACUGAUGCUCUGUCUUUCUGAAAGUCAACGGAAACUGCUGGAUGGUAUUGGGUUUAGUGGCAAGGGCAAAAUUGAACGUGUGAUGAUGGAAUGCUCAGGGGAACAAGAUGGAAAUCAUACCGAAGAAGAUACUCUGAAGUUAAUGGAAUAUACCAGCAACUGUUUGAAAAAUGAAAUGAAUCAGUAUCAGUAUGCAUCUUGGACGACGUUUGGAAGACGACGUAUAUUUGCCUGUGCAAUUCGUAUGGGAAUUGGAAAAUGGUGCUUUGUGGAGAUACUGUCUGCAAUUGUACCAAGGGAUUGGGAAGAUCGAUACUAUUUGAAUCGUUUAAUGGAACUGUUGAUGAAAUUAAAGCCAAAGACAUGGUCAUCAAAUACAGCCGAAUCAACAUAA